AUGAGUACAAAUACAAAUGAAACCGAUUUUAAUCCUGUGACUGUUAUUACCACUUUAUACCAGCAACAUCUAAGAUACAAAACUGAACCAAGAUUCACACCUACUCAAAACAAAGAACUAAAAUUUAAUUGUGUUCUUAGAUUUGAUGAUCAAAAAUGGAGCACUAGGCAGGAACACAUGAAGAAACGCAACGCUAAAAGGGAUGUUGCAGAACAAGCUAUGAUUUACCUUCAACGCAAAUACCCGGAACAAUUGCGAAGAACUCAAAGAUACAUGGUUGAAGCUUUCACGCCAAAAUAUCAACCCAGAUUAGAAAAAUAUGGAAAAGGAGUUCAACAAAUGGCUAGUGGAUUACAUUGGACAGAAAUGAUACCAAAUGUUAAAAAAUGGUAUGAUGAAAUAUUAAAACCAAAUUUUCCACCAUGUCCCCGUACUCUAUUACACGAACUAGUUCAAAAAUACCAUCUAGGAGCUGUUACAUACAAAGAAAUUAAGAAUCUACCUAUUCAUGAUGAAGAUCCUAGCGUUAAAUUUAUUGUUGUUGAUGUUGGGAAAAGAAGAUUUAACCCAACAUCAGUAUUUGAUAAAGCUCAAUAUAAAUAUGCCAAGGAUCAUGUCGCAAUGAUUGCUUUUGAGAUCCUUUAUGAAGAAAUAGAAUAUGAAGAAAAGAAGUUGAUUGAUAAAAUGGAUCUUGACUAUCAAAGAUUGGAAAAAAUUACACCACAUGGAUCAUAUAAAAAUAUAACUAAUUAUCUUGGAGUUCCAGUUGAAGAAGAGGUUCCAAAUGAUAAUAGUGAUGAUGAAGUAGAAAAAAUAACAUAUACAACAUCAAAAACACUAGCGCAACUGUAUCCAUCAAUGUUCAGUGAGGAUGGUCAUAAUAAGACUAGUAAGCCUCCUGUCACUGUCACCAUUACUAAACCAACAUUUGAAAGAUCACAACAACGUUACAAACCGUAUAAACCAUCGGUUGAAAGAUCAGCAAGGCUACAACAACGUUACGAGCCACAUAAACCAAUAUUACGUGUAGACAAGACAUUCGUUUCAUUGAUCCAUGAGCUAGCAACCAAGAGACGUUGGAGAAAACCGGAAUAUGACUAUCAUAGGUUGGCUGAUGGUGGCUAUUAUGCUAAAUUAUCGGUAAACCAUUAUAUGUUCACUGGAAUGGUUUAUGCCACAAGACAUAGUGCAAAGGAGGAUGUGAGUCAACUGGCAUAUGCAAAUACAAAUGAAACCGAUUUUAAUCCUGUGACUGUUAUUACCACUUUAUACCAGCAACAUCUAAGAUACAAAACUGAACCAAGAUUCACACCUACUCAAAACAAAGAACUAAAAUUUAAUUGUGUUCUUAGAUUUGAUGAUCAAAAAUGGAGCACUAGGCAGGAACACAUGAAGAAACGCAACGCUAAAAGGGAUGUUGCAGAACAAGCUAUGAUUUACCUUCAACGCAAAUACCCGGAACAAUUGCGAAGAACUCAAAGAUACAUGGUUGAAGCUUUCACGCCAAAAUAUCAACCCAGAUUAGAAAAAUAUGGAAAAGGAGUUCAACAAAUGGCUAGUGGAUUACAUUGGACAGAAAUGAUACCAAAUGUUAAAAAAUGGUAUGAUGAAAUAUUAAAACCAAAUUUUCCACCAUGUCCCCGUACUCUAUUACAUGAACUGGUUCAAAAGUACAAUCUAGGAGUUGUUACAUACAGAGAAAUUAAGAAUCUACCUAUUCAUGAUGAAGAUCCUAGCGUUAAAUUUAUUGUUGUUGAUGUUGGGAAAAGAAGAUUUAACCCAACAUCAGUAUUUGAUAAAGCUCAAUAUAGAUAUGCCAAGGAUCAUGUUGCAAUGAUUGCUUUUGAGAUCCUUUAUGAAGAAAUAGAAUAUGAAGAAAAGAAGUUGAUUGAUAACAUGGAUCUUGACUAUCAAAGGUUAAUUGGAAAUGUUAUUUUUAUGGAAGAUUGGAAAAAAAUUACACCACAUGGAUCAUAUAAAAAUAUAACUAAUUAUCUUGGAGUUCCAGUUGAAGAAGAGGUUCCAAAUGAUAAUAGUGAUGAUGAAGUAGAAAAAAUAACAUAUACAACAUCAAAAACACUAGCACUACUGUAUCCAUCAAUGUUCAGUGAGAGUGGUCAUAAUAAGACUAGUAAGCCUCCUGUCACUGUCACCAUUACUAAACCAACAUUUGAAAGAUCACAACAACGUUAUAAACCAUAUAAACCACCAGUUGAAAGAUCAGCAAGGCCACAACAACAUUAUGAGCUGCAUAAACCAAUAUUACAUGUAGACAAGACAUUCAUUUCAUUGAUACAUGAGCUAGCAGACAAGAGACAUUGGAGAAAACCAGAAUAUGAUUAUCAUAGGUUGGCUGAUGGUGGCUGUUAUGCUACAUUAUCAGUAAAUAAUUAUAUGUUCACUGGAGGGGUUUAUGCCACAAGACAUAGUGCAAAGGAGGAUGUGAGCAAGGAAACUGAUGAACAGCAUCAGAAACAGCACCAAAAAGAUGCUAAAGCCCAUCAUCAGCAGCACAUCAACAAUCCUCAGCUGCAUAACUUUGCCCAGGACUUUUCUGAGGAUGCAAAUGUACCCAUUUUACAUCAAAUUAAUGUCACUAGCAGUACUACAUGUAGUCACUGUAAUGCAUUCAAGUUUCCUCCAGAAAGUCCUGGAAUGUGUUGCUCCAAUGGAAAAGUAAUAUUAGCAGAACCCAAUGUCACCUUGCUUCUGCAGAAUAUUUUUUCUGGUUCAUUCUAUCACAGAAUUGGACAACUACUACCAGAACCUGGAUCUCAACCUCACUAUUUGCAGAUUUAUGUUUGGGAUACUCAACAUGAACUGCACCAUCAAGCAAAUGUUGUUCCUAAUUCCAACCUUAACUCAACUAUUUUACAAUCUUUAAAGGACAUGCUUGAUGAAACAAACCCCUAUGUUACUAAUUUUCAAUACAUUUCUAAUCUACCUGCUGAAAAUAUUGGUAAUCAAUCCAUGGUUAUUUGUGCUGAUAUUCCUGGUCUUAAUCAAAGGACUCACAAUGCCCCAACAGCAUCCCAAGUAGCAGCAAUCUGGAUUAAUGAUGACAUUCCCCAAAAUGUGGCUCAGAAACGUGAUAUUGUAUUGUAUACACAGAUGGAUCAGCUUAUUCACAUCUCUGAGCUUAAUGGAUGCUAUGAUCCCUUAGCUUAUCCACUUUUGUUUCCACAUGGUGAACAGGGAUGGGCUCCUAAUCAAAUUCCAUACAGAGACAUUCUUUCUGUCCCUGAAAUGAUGGAUAUUGAUGAAAAUCCUAAUGAUGAAAAUAAACACAACAUGGAACAUGAGCAUGAUAAUACCGGAAUACAACAUAGGAAAUUUGUGAGUACAAUGGAGUACUAUGCAUAUCAAUUUCAGAUUUGGCCCAAUUCCACCAAUCUGCUUUUACAAGCAGGAUGGCUUUUCCAACAUCUUCAAGAUGCAGUCUUGCAUGGUGACAAUAAUCCACAACACAUAGGUCAGAGAAUACUACUCCCUUCUGUGUUCAUUGGGAGUCCUCGUGACAUGAUGCAGAGAUAUCAAGAUGCAAUGGCCUUGAUGCACAUUGGUAGACCUGAUUUAUUCAUAACCAUGACAUGCAACCCAAACUGGCAGGGAAUUCAAAUUCUGUUGCAACCUGGACAAAGGGCUCAAGAUCGACCAGAUAUCACAGCAUGGAUUUUUCAAGAGAAAUUUCAAGAGUUAAAGAAAGAUAUUUUUGAAUGUGGAGUCCUUGGACAAGUCAUUGCAUACAUACAUGUCAUUGAGUUUCAGAAAUGGGGUCUUCCACAUGCACACAUUUUGGUUAUACUCCACCCAGAAGAUAAACCACAAACUCCUGAUGACUAUGAUAGUAUUGUCUGUGCUGAAAUACCUGAUCCAGUAGUCAAUCCCAAUGUGCAUGCCACAGUUGUUACCAACAUGUUCCAUGGACCAUGUGGAGAGCUUAAUCCCAAUUCACCAUGCAUGGUUGAUGAUGGUACAGGGCACAAACGAUGUUCCAAAGGAUAUCCUAAGCAAUUUAGGGAUGAAACUCUUCAAGGAGAAGACUUCUACCCUGCAUACCGUCGCAGACAAGAUGAUCAUUAUGUUAAAGCAAGAGCCUGCUGGGUUUCAGCUUCAGAAGCUGUCUGGAGGAUUCUGGGAUUUGAUAUGAGUGGAAUAAAUCCUGCUGUCACACAUUUGCAGGUACAUCUUCCCAAUCAACAAAGAGUUAUUUUCAAUGAAGAUGUUAAUUUAGUAGUAGUUGCAACCAGUCGAAUUCAACAAACAUCACUCACUGAAUACUUUAAAAUGAACAAUCAAGAUCCAGAUGCAAGGAACUUGCUCUAUUCUGAUUUUCCCAUGUAUUACACAUGGAAUAAGGCAACCAAAUCAUUAAAAAAACGUCAGCAUGGAGGAGCCAGGAGUUUUGAAGAACUUAAGAUUGUAGAUGGUGUUACUUGUGCCACUUUUAAAGAGAGUGCUCAAUGGAGGGGUUUCCUAGAAAAUGACAAUGAAUAUCAACAAUGUAUGACUGAAGCUAGAGAAUUCCAGAUGCCUAGCCAACUACGUUAUCUUUUUGCAACAUUAUUAGUCUUUGGAAAUGUUUCAGAUGUACAUCAACUAUGGACUGAGAACCUUGAAGCAAUGGCAAAAGAUUUUGCACAUAAUGGAAUCCCAGAAGGUGAACUCCAAGUUCAGGCAGUUCUUCAAAACUUGAAUAUGUUCCUACAAAGGCAUUCAAAGACUGUAGCUGAUUAUGACCUGCCAGAAUUAUCACCAGAAACAAAUGUUUUGGGAUUGCUAAAAACUCUUCUAGAAGAAUUAUCCUAUCAUAAUCUCAUAAACCAAAACAAAGGAGGUGUAUUGUUUGUUGAUGGUCCUGCUGGAAGUGGAAAAACCUAUCUCUAUGAUGGCCUCCUUGCCUAUGUACAAGCUAAUAAUAGGAUUGCGUUGGCAGUAGCUUCUUCUGCAAAUACAAAUGAAACCGAUUUUAAUCCUGUGACUGUUAUUACCACUUUAUACCAGCAACAUCUAAGAUACAAAACUGAACCAAGAUUCACACCUACUCAAAACAAAGAACUAAAAUUUAAUUGUGUUCUUAGAUUUGAUGAUCAAAAAUGGAGCACUAGGCAGGAACACAUGAAGAAACGCAACGCUAAAAGGGAUGUUGCAGAACAAGCUAUGAUUUACCUUCAACGCAAAUACCCGGAACAAUUGCGAAGAACUCAAAGAUACAUGGUUGAAGCUUUCACGCCAAAAUAUCAACCCAGAUUAGAAAAAUAUGGAAAAGGAGUUCAACAAAUGGCUAGUGGAUUACAUUGGACAGAAAUGAUACCAAAUGUUAAAAAAUGGUAUGAUGAAAUAUUAAAACCAAAUUUUCCACCAUGUCCCCGUACUCUAUUACACGAACUAGUUCAAAAAUACCAUCUAGGAGCUGUUACAUACAAAGAAAUUAAGAAUCUACCUAUUCAUGAUGAAGAUCCUAGCGUUAAAUUUAUUGUUGUUGAUGUUGGGAAAAGAAGAUUUAACCCAACAUCAGUAUUUGAUAAAGCUCAAUAUAAAUAUGCCAAGGAUCAUGUCGCAAUGAUUGCUUUUGAGAUCCUUUAUGAAGAAAUAGAAUAUGAAGAAAAGAAGUUGAUUGAUAAAAUGGAUCUUGACUAUCAAAGGUUAAUUGGAAAUGUUAUUUUUAUGGAAGAUAGGAAAAAAUUUACACAACCUGAAUCAUAUAAAAAUGUAACUAAUGAUCUUGGAGUUCCAGUUGAAGAAGAGGUUCCAAAUGAUAAUAGUGAUGAUGAAGUAGAAAAAAUAACAUAUACAACAUCAAAAACACUAGCGCAACUGUAUCCAUCAAUGUUCAGUGAGGAUGGUCAUAAUAAGACUAGUAAGCCUCCUGUCACUGUCACCAUUACUAAACCAACAGUUGAAAGAUCACAACAACGUUACAAACCGUAUAAACCAUCGGUUGAAAGAUCAGCAAGGCUACAACAACGUUACGAGCCACAUAAACCAAUAUUACGUGUAGACAAGACAUUCGUUUCAUUGAUCCAUGAGCUAGCAACCAAGAGACGUUGGAGAAAACCGGAAUAUGACUAUCAUAGGUUGGCUGAUGGUGGCUAUUAUGCUAAAUUAUCGGUAAACCAUUAUAUGUUCACUGGAAUGGUUUAUGCCACAAGACAUAGUGCAAAGGAGGAUGUGAGUCAACUGGCAUAUGUCGUGGGACAUGUCACAAAAAUUUAUUUUGAUGAUCGAUAUUGA